GAUCACGAUAUAAAAGAUAUAUAAAACGAAUAGUUACAAAGGAACAUACUCUAUCUUUACAUCUCUGCCAAGGUUUCCGUUGUUUAAGUAAAAAGGAUAUUGAAGUUCAGUUUUUAACAUUAUAUUUGGACGCGAAUUAAGAGCUGAUGAUGACGGAUGUUUCAAAUGAAGACACAUACAUAGAAAAUCAGAAGAAAGCAGAACUUUACAAAGAAGGUAUUCGCAAAGAAGAUCUGCAGGCGGUGACAGAACAUUUAGAAAAUGACCACAAGACUGAUGAUAUGGUAGAUGAGCAUGGCAUGUCGCCUGAUUUGUCUAGUUCAGGAUUUCUAUCAGUAGAAACCCCGUCUGAUAACACGACUGCCGAGGAAACAAAUGGCACUGACACACAUACAGAAUUGAAGUUUUUGAAAAUAAAGUAUAAUCAGCUUCGUUCGCAAGUUUUCUCAUUGAACAACCAAAUUUCGUCUCAUAAAUCUAAUUUGAGGAAAGAGACGAACACACUUAAAAAUGAAAAAAAAAAAACAGGGAAAUAAAUAAAAAGGAGAAGGAAAUAAGGUAUCUAAAUAAGGAAAAUGAAGAACUAGAAACGGAAAUUAAAGAAAUGGAACAACUAAACGAGCACCAAGCAGAAGAGAAUCUUGCAUGUCAGUCACAAAUACUUGAAUAUCAGUUAAAAAUUAAAGAGUUGCAAAAUACAGUCGAAAUUCUUGAAAACAAAUGUCAAACGAUUCGCGUCUAUCCGGACAUGCAACAGGCUGCAGAUAUAAGAUCCCAAACAUCUGAAUUGAAACAUGCCAAAAAAGAAAUAGAAGAUUUAAAACGUUGUAUAGAUCAGAUGGCAGUAAAACUAAAGAAAAAGGACGAAACUCUUCGUAAAAAGGAUGAAGCGAUUCGAAGAAAGGACGACAUAAUUCGGAAAAAGGAUGACAUUAUUCGAAGGCAUGAUGAGACAACUAGAGGCUUACGAAAAGACAUGAACAAACAGUUUGAUAUUAUGAACAAAAAUUUUAAUACUAUGCUUCUCUACAUGACAGAAGAUCGUGCAUCUGUUCAGCAACAACUGACACAAAUAAAAGAAAACAUGCCAACUCAGAGUUUCAGAGGACCGCAAACAUUCAAUAACAAGACCCGCCCUGUUUCUCUUUUGACCAGCGGUCAGGGAGUUAAAGAUGCAUCAUCUAAAACAACUGUACUACCGGAUAAACUCCAAGAAGCAAGAGGUAAGAUCUUCACGCAGACAAAAAUCAGGGCUCUCAAGGAAGCGUCAUCAGAAAGAGCACCGCCGACGAAGAAGCAAUGGUCUUCGCCCUCGAAAAGAAGGGAAUCGACAAUGUAGUAAUUCAAAAAUGUUUCAUCUGGACAGUUUGCGUAGAAAAAAAGGUCUAAUUUAAAAUCAGAUCAAAACUUAUUUAAAAUAAAGCGAUUAACGUAAAUGUAAAAUUUGCUGUCUUUUGAGAGCGUGAAAGAAACCAUGAUUUUGAAUUAUCAUGAUUGUAUGCAUUUUCGUAUAACCUGUUGAUCCAAACUGAUAUCACUUUAAUGCAUCUUCAUAUUCUUAAAUAUUUUGCAGUAUACUUAAGGUGGAUUCUGAAUGAGCAUUGCAACACAUUGUUACAUAUUUACAUAUACCGUUUGAUAAUUUAAGCUGUUAGCAAACACGUAUUGGGUAACACACUCGUCUCUGAAAAUUAAUGUUUCCUCAAAUACAUUCUUAAAUGUAUCUCCCCAGAGAUUUCCCCAAAACCUUUCCAACACAUGGGCAUAAUUGUGGAAAUUUGUUCUCAUUUGUCAUUGAAUAUUCGACAUAGACUUCCACUGCGUAUCUUUCAAACAAAAAUUAAUAUUAAAAAAUACCGCAUUUCUCCUGUUGUAGAUAAAUUGACAAGUCGGGGCGUCCUUUGACAAAUGGUUACGAUCACUUACUUCAAAUCACUUGCCAAUCAUCGACAUGGGUUCAUGUGUGCCCGAUCCUUGCUCCUCGGGGUAUUAAAUUCUUCAUGUAAGGAAGCAAUCCAGCUGGCUUACGGAAGGUCGGUGGUUCUAUCCAGGUCCACACUCGUGAUAAAAUAGUGCGCGGAGGCGCACCUGGGGUCUUCCUAGCCCAUUACAGGCUGGGAGGUCGCCAUAUGACAUAUAAUUGUGUCGUUAUGACGUUUACUUGUGUCCAAACUAACCGUCAAUGUAGUAAAUAUUAUUUAACAAACUUUAUGUUUUGGUUGUGUAAAUAUCAGUAAUUGUAAACGGACGGUUACUUUCCUCGGAAAGUACAAAUUGUAGUACAUUUUUUAUUAUGUAUGUUACACAUGUUGUUUCAGUUCUGGCUAUGACAGAAGAUCUGCGUUCAGCAAUCUAUAUAAUUUUUAAAGUAUCUACCCUUUUAAGUCAGGUAUGUUUUGACAUUUAAAAACGUCGAACAACUUGCGAAGUGAAUUGCAUUGCACUGCAUUGAAAACGAAAGUACGAAAAUGAUUUUU